GCUGACGAGCCCCGUUGCUUUUGGAAACAGCUGGUAGUUUCUGUCAGCGAACACUGCGUGGCUUUGAGAGCAGCCUUUUUUUUUGGGGGGGGGACAGAAAAUAAAAAUAAAAAGUUGAAAUUAGCUGCGAAAAUUUACCGACAGCGUUUCGAUUUGACUCACAGUGGCCGUUUCAGUAGACGCCGGGAAAUGUCAUCCUGUGAACGCCACUUCAUCGGCCAGUUGUUCGUUAAAGACCUCGAAGCAGCCGGGCGGUGCUAACGCCAGCUAGCCAGCUAACUUUGUAGUCACACAGCAACAACCCGGCAGGAUACACGCUUUCUGUCAUUGCAGAGAAACUGUCAGCUUGUUGUUGGUGUUCUUGCAGUGUAGAAGUGAAGUGGGGCUUUUUUUUUUUUUUUGCUUAAUUUCAACAUGACUCAUGUGCAUUAUAAAUUCUUUUCCAAACUCAGUUACAACACGGUGGUUCACGACGGGCCGAACAUCACGCUGCAGGAUCUGAAGAGGCAGAUCAUGGACAUGGAGAAGCUCAGAGUCGGUUACUGCGACCUGCAGAUCACCAACGCGCAGACCAAGCAAGAGUACAAAGAUGAAGAAGGUGCGAUCCCUAAGGGCUCCUCCGUCAUCGUCCGGAGAAUCCCCAUCGUCGGAGUCAAGUCGGGCAUGAACAGCAAAACACGCAACAUGUAAAUGUAUUUCCUUAUUUUUCCGGGGU